GUCGACGACGCUAGGUACGAGUUCGGCCGAAUCGUUCAGGCAAGCCAAGCGUGGCCGUUUCAUCAACGAAAACGCAUAAUUACCGUUCUCAUACUACCGUGAUAGCCGCAGAUUUCUCUGCCACAUCGCUUUGGCGCUGCAUCACGGCAUUUGACGCUGCACCCGAAACCGUGCGCGCGACAAGCAUCAUGAGCGGGGCGACGCAGCUUAUCAUGCCUCCGGUCUUCCCGCAGCAUUUUUUCCCUCCGCAACAAGGCAGCAUGAUCGCCCCGCAGCCUAUCAUUCAGGCCGUGGGCCGCGGCGACGUCGAAGCGGUGCGGGCCUGGCUCGAGGCCGGCGGCGACGCGAGCGCGCUGAGCGAACGCGGCACGGCGUUGAUUUGCUUCGCCGCCUGCACUAGCGGCGCUGCGAUGGUCGAGCUGCUCCUGACCGCGGCGCGACCGGCGAAGGCCAGCUACGCCGACGACGAGGGCUGGACUGCUUUACACGCCGCUGCCGGGAGCCUCAUCAAGGACCGGAGCGGGCCGGCCGCGGUGGCCCAACUCUGCGACCACGGCGCCGACGUGAACGCCCGCAUGUUUACUUCGUUAGAGUACGACGAGGACGGCGAGCCUUAUUAUGAUGAGCCGAACCCGCCGACGCCGCUGCUGUGCGCGGCGGACUACGGCCUCUCGUGCGAGAUCGUCCGGGUGCUCCUCUCGCGCGGCGCAGACGUGACGGCUACGAGUGCGUCGGGCGACAGCGCCGAGGACUACGCGCGCGCGACGCUCGAUCGGCCUGUCGUCGCGAGCAUCGAGGACGCCGUCGCGGAGUACGACUACGACAGCGUGGCCCAGGCCAUCCAGUAUUGGGACGACCUCGACGAGCCGUGGAGGCUUGAAGGCGAGGUCGAGCGCAUCAUCGAGCUGCUUUCCGGCGUCCGCACCGCCGGCUCCUGGAAGCGGUACGUGGCCGCGUGGCGGGUCGAGCUUCUCCUGCUGCAGCGGCUCUGCGCGGACGGCCGCGCCUACCCUGGUGAAGUCCGUCGCCGAGACUACCAGUGGCGCCCAGCGUCGAUCGAGGACCUCGAAGCGACCAGCGGUUGUAAGGUGACGCCGGGGAAGAGGGACCAGGACGCGAGCAGCACUGAAUGGCGGACUACCAAAGCGCUGAUGGCGUGCCUCGUAGACCUGCCGCCGCCCCUCGUCGGCAAGGUGGCGAGCUACUGGCGCACCGCGCGUGACCCGCUUUACUGAGAUGGUAAGUUUUUGUUCUGUGAUA